CGUUAUCAAACAUGUCCUUCGUGUGUACUUGCAUAAGUCGACACUGUAGAUAGUUGGAGAUGUUUUACGGAUAGGAUGUUUACAUUAGGAACUUAAACGGCUGAUAAAUUUAAACACAAUCAUCCAUAUCUGUAAUCUUUACAGAUAUUGACUUUGAUAGAGCAAUAAUGGAGAAUGCCUUCUGUAGGAGUUGAUCGGUGGGAGUAUGGCCCAGGCUUGGUUACCAGCGGGAGUAAGAGGCCUUCGAUGUUGUCGGAUUUGCUUCAAUCGUCUUACCCAUGUGUUCUCCACAAACUUAACACAGAGACAGUAUUCAACCAAACCAGUUGCUGCAGAAGUUGAGACUGAUGACAGUGAUAAUGAGUUUCUAGAUGGAAAACCUAUCAAAUGGCCACCACCAGAGAACUCUGAGCAAACCCAAUUCAAUAACAAGGAACUUGACUUUCUUCUGAAACGAGGAAAGCAAGGAUUCAUCAUCUUUGAUAAACCUGCAUCUUCUUUGAUCCAUAUAGACAAAGAAAAUGCCAAAAAACAUGAGGAAUUCUUUUUCCCAAAAUCAAGCACUGGUGUAAAAUACACAUCUAAGGCCAUUGUGGCCGAAUUGAUAAAACAGGAUCGUGUGUCUGUUGACACACUGCAGAAGGAGCGCCAGCUGACUAAUCCAGGGCUGCUACAUCAGUCAGUGGAUGAUUUCAACUGGAGAGAACAGAAACUGGAUGUAUCCAAACUCGCCGACUACUAUAAACGGCUCUCCAAGAUCAGAUUGACUAGUCUAGUUGUGCUUACAGCAAUGGCAGGUUAUGGCAUGGGUCCAGCAGCGUUUGAUCCUGUGACCUUUGCCCUGGUUUCACUCGGGACAGCUCUGACUUCAUGUUCAGCCAAUGCAAUCAACCAGUUUCUAGAAGUUCCCUUUGAUUCCCAAAUGAACAGGACCAAGAAUCGGGUUCUUGUACAGGGCCACUUAAGCCCCUUGCAUGCAGUAUCAUUUGCGGGUGUGUCUGGUGGCUUGGGACUGGUGAUUCUGACCUUGGGUACAAAUCCCCUUACUGCUGCCCUGGGAGCAUUCAACCUCGGCCUCUACACCAUGGUCUACACACCAAUGAAAAGGACCAGUACUGCCAAUACCUGGGUGGGGUCUGUGGUGGGGGCUAUCCCCCCUAUGAUGGGUUGGGCAGCUUGUACUGGAGGAUUAGAACCAGGUGCUUGGCUACUUGGAGCUAUCCUAUUUGCAUGGCAGUUUCCCCAUUUUAAUGCACUGAGUUGGAAUCUAAGGCCAGAUUAUUCCCGUGGUGGAUACAGGAUGAUGUCAGUGAUAAACCCUGGCCUGUGUAAGCGUGUUGCUUUGCGCUACUCCUUGGCAAUGAUAGGACUGUGCACCAUGGCACCUAUGAUAGGAGUGACCUCCUGGACGUUUGCUGUUGACUCACUGCCUUUUAACCUGUACAUGUCAUACCUCGCCCUACGGUUUUACCAGAAAGGAGACAGCAAGUCUUCACGCGCCCUCUUUCGGUUCACCUUGUUACACAUCCCGGCAAUUCUUGUAUUAAUGCUGCUUAGUAAGAUCACCAUGGAUAAGCCCAGUGGGGAGGGAGCUGGAGAAUCUAUAGGCGCUGGAGCUGUCGGAGAAACUACUAAUAGUGUAACAGUUGCCACAGACAAUAUAACAACUCCAAAAACAGCAACUGUUGUAACAACAGUUACUGUUAACACAAACAAAACUAGAACAGUUGAGACUGAUAAAAAAAAUCCAGUAACAGAAACUGCAGCAAAAACAGUGGCAGGAACAGCCUGUGUUUAGCAUACUUAUAUAAAAGCUGACUGGCCACCUCUUGUGAUAUCAGGGUUGUAAUACCGUAAUGGUUCUUAGGGUCCUGUGUGCUACAAAUAAUGUUAAUUAGUGUAACACAGGUACCAGUAACUAUGGUAAUCCACACAUUGGUGACUAAUGAAAUAAAGAAAAUGGUUACCAGUGAAAUACACCAAAAGGUUACCAGUGUAUACACUUAAUGGUUAACAGUGAAAAACACAAAAUGGUUACCUGUGAAAUACACUAAAUGGUUACCUGUGAAAUACACAAAUUGAUUACCAUUUUAAAAUAAACAUAUUGAUUACCUGUGAAAUACACAUGAUUAAAAAUGAAAUACACAAAAUAGUUACCAGUGAAAUACACAAAAUAAUUACCAUUGUUAAAUACACACAAUGAUUACCGUUGUAAUACACAAAGUGGUUCUUUAGUAACACACGAAAUUAUUACCAUUGUAAUACACGAAAUUAUUACCAUUUUUAUACACAAACUGGUAACCAGUAUUAUACAGGUAAUGGUAACCAGUGUGAUACAUGUAAUGGUAACCAGUGUGAUACACGUUAUGGUAACUAGUGUGAUACACAUAAUGGUAACCAGUGUAAUACACAUAAUGCAUAUGGUAACCAGUGUGAUACACAUUAUGGUAACCAGUGUGAUACACGUAAUGGUAACCAGUGUGAUACACAUAAUGGUAACUAGUGUGAUACACAUACUGGUAACCAGUGUGAUACAUGUAAUGGUAACCAGUAUGAUACACGUAAUGGUAACCAGUGUGAUACACAUAAUGGUAACCAUUGUAAUACACAUAAUGCAUAUGGUAACCAUUGUGAUACAUGUAAGGGUAACCAGUGUGAUACACGUUAUAGUAACUAG